CAUCUCCACCAUCCUUCUCAGUCCAGUCUGUUUUCUCCCCCUUUCCUUGGCAGAUCACUACAUGCAAGUCCUGGCCUGCAAACAUGACUGUGUCCGAGAACUCGCCACACGUUCUGGCCGAAUCUCUCCCAUUGAAAAUUUCCUUCCCCUCCAUUACGACUAUUUGCAGUUUGCCUAUUACAGAGUUGGUGACUACAUAAAAGCCCUGGAGUGUGCCAAGUCCUACCUCCUCUUCCACCCAGAUGAUGAAGAUGUCUUGGAGAAUGCAAGUUAUUAUGAGGGUCUCUUGGAAGGUACAAUAGAUCCAGACACUGUGAAACCCAGAAAGGAAGCAAAAACACUGCUGAGGCGCCAUAAGCUGGAAUCUCACCUUUUGCAGGUGGCUGCGGCCAGCCUUGGAUACACCUACACGGAGCCGAACUACUGGAACAGGUACGGCGCCCGCCAGGAUGAGCACAGUGUCCCAUCAAGUAUUAGCAGUGAACCAGAGGAUGGGCCUCGGCUAUUCCUGGCAAAGAAACCCAUGGCAAAACCAGAUCGAGAGUUGAAGGAGGGGGGUCCACUUCUCUAUAGCGAUGUGAAGUUUGUCUACAACUCGCAGCAGCUGAAUGGUACCCAGCGAGUACUACUGGAUAAUGUGAUCUCAGAGGAGCAGUGCCGAGAACUUCACAGAGUGGCCAGUGGGAUCAUGUUGGCUGGAGAUGGUUACAGGGGCAAAACCUCCCCCCACACCCCCAACGAGAGAUUUGAAGGAGCCACCGUCCUCAAAGCCCUCAAGUAUGGCUACGAGGGCCGCGUCCCGCUGAAGAGUGCCCGGCUCUUCUACGACAUCAGCGAGAAGGCUCGCAGGAUUGUAGAGUCCUACUUCAUGCUCAACUCCACACUCUACUUCUCCUACACCCACCUGGUGUGCCGCACUGCUCUCUCUGGCCAGCAGGAGAGGAGGAAUGACCUGAGCCACCCCAUCCAUGCUGACAACUGUCUCUUGGACCCUGAGGCCAACGAGUGCUGGAAAGAGCCUCCUGCCUACACCUUUCGGGAUUACAGUGCCCUCCUAUACAUGAAUGCAGAUUUCGAAGGAGGCGAGUUCAUUUUCACUGAGAUGGAUGCCAAAACUGUGACGGCCUCCAUCAAGCCCAAGUGUGGGCGAAUGAUCAGCUUCUCAUCAGGCGGUGAGAACCCCCAUGGGGUGAAGGCAGUUACCAAAGGCCAGCGGUGUGCUGUGGCUCUCUGGUUCACCUUGGACCCACUUUACAGAGAGUUGGAGCGAAUCCAGGCAGAUGAAGUGAUUGCGAUGUUGGACCAGGAGCAUCUAGGACCCAGUGAAAUGAACAUCAACCCAAAGGAUGAGCUAUGAACUAGGCCAAAGACUUUUUCUAUUAAAUAUUUAUUUAAUAUUGUUAAUCUUAUUAGAACCCUUUUAUUUUUGUACAGAGACGCUGUAUAAAUUA